AUGGCUCAACCACCUCCAGUCCAGCCACAGCCAGCAUCGCCAUCGACCCAUCCCAACGAGCUCUCCACCACCACGCAGGGCUCCCUUUCAGCCCUCCAUCAGUCGCAGUCACAGUCCCAGGCUCACUCCGAGUCGCCGGCGCCAUCAUCAUCAGCAUCAUCAUCAACGCACCACCGCUCGCUCUCGACCGGCUCGUCCAGCAUCUCGUUCCUGUCGUCGUCCAUUGCCAAUCUCAUCACGUCGUCGGCCACAGCCAUCACAAAGACAAUCGCCAAGCACCGCCGCUCGCCCUCCGCCGCAGACUCGUCCACAAGCGCCAGUCCCAGUCCCAGCUUCACUGCCAGCGACAAUCAUGCCAGCAGCAACAUCGGCGCGACCUCACGCUCGGCCGGAAGCCCAAACAUUAGUAGUGACAGCAACACCGUCCUCCAUGACGCAAAGGCAUCCGCUGGAGCAGCAGCAGCAGCAGCAACCACGAGGCCGUUGUCGUCACAGUACGAGGAUGGCGGCGCGCCACCAGCAGCAAUGGCUCGAGUCUCGCCCCCGCUCAAUGCUGCUGCCGCUCUUCCUGCUCCUGCUGCUCCUGCUCCUGCUGCUGCACCGUUGCUGCUGGUCAAGCCAUCCUCGUCAGGUCCGGCUCGGACGCUAUUUCAAGGAACACUGCACAAGUGGACCAACUAUAUUACAAACUGGCAGUCGCGCUUUGUCGUCAUCACGGGCGAGCCCGAAUGGACGCUGUCGUACUACAUGAACGAAAACCAGCAAGCGGACGGUGCAGCCGUGCGCUCCUUCCUCCCGCUGGGCGACGUGGUCAUCACUGUUGCUGCCGACUCGGACACUGACUUUAGCGUUUACAACAAGAGCGAGGCGUACUAUCUGCGUGCCCCAAGCAAAGAGGAGCGCAAGCAAUGGGUGGUUGCCCUUGGCAGCGCCAAAUCUCAGCAAGCCAUGGCGCUCGCCCGCUUGGCAGAAUCGACUGAAAUUGAUGAGCGAAACCGCCGCACAGAGCAGCUCAAUCGUCUGAUUGCAGCAAGUCGCCAUCACGAGGAAGCCAUCCGAAAGCAGCUGGUGAACGUGCAAACAGCAGUGUCGACACUUGUGCUCGAGGCCAAGGAGGCGGAGAAUGGGACGGGCGCGGGCUCUGGCGCGGUUGUUGUGGUGCCAGCCGUGGCCGACAAACGGAAAUCCACUCGCGAGCUCCUUGUAGAGCGUGCCAUGGUGCUUCGCGCGACGCUUCGCACCACCAUGGACAAUCUUGCGGAAAGUAUAGACCUGGUCAAUGAGCAGGAAGAAAUUUGGGAGCGCAGCGUCGAGUACGAGCGACGCCAGCAACUCAAAGCCGAACAGUCUCUUCGUGCCAUCCGCUCGCAGCAAGAAGCGCUUGAAAAGCUUCUCGAACGUGCCCAGGCCGAAGGAAGUUGA